AUGGCGCCGUCUUGGCUGAAAGUUGGUAUCCUCGGCCUGAUACCGGUCACCACGGCCCUUGGACCGCAACUCAGCCCGGCGAAGAUGUGGAGGGAGUUCCACCUCCAAUCCGAGCUUGAACCCGCCGCCGAACGAUCUGCAAGCCCGGCAGUCAUCCGCCUAUUCGCCAACGACAGCGCCCCCGGCGCGCCCGAUCCGUCCACUCUCUACCGAGCCUGGAACUUUUCGGUUCCCGUUGACCACUUCCAUAAUGAUUCCAUAUACGAGCCGCACUCCAAUGGCAGUUUCCCCCUGCGGUACUGGUACGACGACCGGUUUUACAAGCCUGGUGGUCCUGUCAUCGCCCUAGCAGCGGGCGAAACCAGCGGCGCGGGCCGUUUGCCUUUCUUACAAAAGGGCAUCGUCGCUAUUCUAGCGGAGGCGACCAACGGAGUCGGGGUCAUCUUAGAGCAUCGAUAUUACGGCCGCAGCUAUCCCACUCCAGACUUUAGCACGGAAAACCUGCGAUUCCUGACGACUGACCAAGCCUUGGCAGACACUGCUUACUUUGCGAAGAACAUUGUCUUCCCCGGUAAACUUGCAGAGGUGAAUCUGACGGCCCCCGAAACGCCAUGGAUCGUUUACGGAGGCUCCUACGCCGGAGCGUUCGUUGCGUUCCUGCGCAAGCUGUAUCCAGACGUCUUCUUAGGCGCGAUCUCGUCCUCAGGCGUCACCGCCGCUGUGGUUGACUUUUGGGAAUACUAUGAAGCCGCGAGACGUUUCGCCCCGGAAGGAUGCGCCGAGACCACGCAGAAGCUGACAAACGUGGUGGACAACAUCUUGCUGCAGAAGGGCAACACCACCGAGAAAGACAUCGUGACACUCAAGACGGCUUUUGGACUCCCGAACGUGACGGCAAGCGUUGACUUUGCCAGCGCAAUUGGAGGCGGCAUUGCCGGACUGCAAAGCCGGAAUUGGGACCCGGCCAUCGAUAGCGAUGAUUUCCUCCUCUACUGUGGCAACUUGACUUCUGACGAACUCAUCUGGCCCGCGACGGAUAGCCUUGAACCGACUAUUCGCUACUUACUCGAGGUUGGUGGCUAUCAGUCAGAGGUUGCAGAGUUGGUUCCUCGGCUCAAGAACUACAUUGGCUAUGUCGACUAUACAUCGUCCUGGUGCGAUGUGGAGACGCAAGAUGACUGUUUUGGACCGGGAAGUGACGAUUCGUAUGCCGCGGACGAUCUCAGCGCGUCUUGGCGCCUUUGGGCCUACCAAUACUGCUCGCAAUGGGGUUACUUCCAGACCGGGUCCGGCGUUCCGGAGAAUCAACUUCCUCUAAUUUCCCGCCUGAUUGAUAUUGAAUACUCCAGCGUCAUCUGUCGCAAGGCUUUCAACAUCACCUCACUACCCAAUGUCGACGCCAUCAACAAGUAUGGCGCAUACAAUUUCAGCUACCCGCGCGUCGCGAUCAUUGAUGGCGAAUCGGACCCCUGGCGAUCCGCGACUCCCAACAAGAUCGGGCUCCCGCGACCAGAGUCAACGACCGAGGAGCCCAACUUGGUCAUUACGGGCGGAGCAGUCCAUCACUGGGAUGAGAAUGGCAUUUUCAAGAAUGAGACAACGGCCGAGCUGCCACCUUUGCCUGUCAAGGAGGCCCAGAGCUUCGAGAUGGAGUUUGUCCAAGCUUGGUUAAACGAGUUUGCUGCGACAAGAAAGUAA